AUGGUUUUCUCGGAUCUGUUAAAAAGGCCUUUAAGCAAAGUUAUUUUAGCGGCUGUUUCGGCAUCUGGCGGAUGUGCACUUCUUCUUUACCUUUUAAGGCAAGUUUCAAGUUUAUUUUCUUUAACAACUUUUUUUAAUAGAAUAUCUUAGUGAAUCAAUAAACUAACUUUUCUAUUUAUGUAGUUUGUUAUUCAGACUUGAAAAUAUGCUUUAUUAUUAAAAGGGUAUAUUAUUGUUGUAUCGUUUUAGAAAACGGUAUGGAAUUACAGAUAGGAAAGCUUCGAUUGCUAGUUCAAUACAUCAAGACACAUGUAAGUUUAAGGGUUGCUUAUUUUAUUUAAUUUUUAGUGGUUUCCCGGAUUUCUGAUGUAUUACACCGACUAGAACUGUUGUUAAAGGAGUUGGAAAGUUAUAGAUUUGAUGGGGAAACUGAAAGAGACAAGUACGACUUCACGGCGUCCAUCGUCAACAGGAUACGAGGUGUUCUAGAAGACUGGGAGAAGUUUGAACGCAAUGACUUUGCUUUACCUGCAACAGAUGAGAUUGGUAAGAGUUUAAAAAUAUCACCUUGUCAUAGAUUUUUAUUUUGUGUUUUUCGUUGCUAAGCAAGAUGAUGAUGUGUUUUUUGGUAUUCUUGCUUGUUGCCCCUGUUGUUUACUUACUGUUGUUUUAGCUCGCUCAAUAUGGAAUUCAAGUGAACCAGUUGUCGCAAAGCCUGGUACCCUUUCAGUAUUGUCAGAUGAUUCAUUCUUAUCAGCCAUUGACGAUUUUGUAAGUGGAAUAUAUUUGAAUAAUAGAAAUUCAAGCUUUCAAAAUAAAUGAUCAUUUUAUUUACCUUUUUCUUUUUAGUCACCGACGUCUGGGGAGAAUCUGUCAUUAAGUGUGGAUUUUGAGAACAUGAAAAUGUACAGAGAAGGCCUAGAAGCUGUAGAACGAGGAGAAGUGGCAUACCGCAAGUCCAGGGCAGAGAUCUGUGGGUGUGAAAGUGAUGUUGACUUUGCGGCCAAGGUGUGGUGCUUAAGGCAAGCCUUUGAUAGGUUGUUCGAAGAUGUUAAAACAAGGUCUUGGUUGAUAAAAGUUGGACGAACAUUGAUUGCCGACAUACUACGACACUUCAAGAAGGACCCCAAGGAGUUUUAUAUUGCUUUCGACAGAAUGGUGGAGUACCUUCAGAAGCCAGAGAAUUAUGAACAAGUCUGUUUCGAAUUGAAACAGCGAAGGGUAAGCUCAAGUUAUGUUUGAAAUUUGAUUAACUAUGUAGGCAUUCAUUCGAUGUUGUUUUAGGUGGAGUGUCUGAACAUCUGGGAUGUUUUGUUUGACUUCAUUCUCCUGGAUUCUUUUGACGAUCUUAAGAAGCCGCCGUCUGGUACCGCUGCUUUGGUCAAGAAUUCCUUUCUCAGUCAGUCGAUGAGGGAAUCCACCUUGAACAACUUGAUUUGGUCUUUGAUAAAAAUGAAACGCUCUAGACUUCAAAAUCAAGAUGGAUUUGUCUCCAGGUUCUACGACAUUUCCCAGAUCGUGUCCCCUCCUUUAAUUAUGGGUCUUUUGGGCGGUGCUUCGAGGGAAUUCGAAGAGUUGUGUACAGACUUCAAGGAGAGUGUAUUCAUCUUGAUCGGAUCUCUGUUCAACUCCCAGCAGGUCCGCUUCAACACAUUGGAUGAGUUGAGUGAAGACGUGAACAAGGUCCUCUUCAAUCGGCUAGAGACCAUCCAGAUUAGGAUUAGUAAUGAGUUGCUUCCGGUGUAA